AUGCAGCAGGGAAUUCGCGCCUCCCGUGUUGCUGAGACGUGCAGCAUCACAACAGUCCCAGGUGUUAGCGGGACCCAGUUCCCCAUGGCCAUAAGUCUCUCUCACCAUCCCUGGAAGAGGGCUUCGGAGUGGACUGCGGGUAGUUGUGUGAACUUCUGGGUUCUCCGCCGAGGGGGGAGGGACAUCGAACUGGAGAUCUGUCUGGAGGUAGCACCAUGGGUGAGGGCAUCAUAUAUGGCUUUCGCCGUUCCUCCCAGUUUCUCGAAUACUGCUGGCACAUGUUGUCAAAUCUUUGCAGGAAAUCUGCUUCCCAGCUGCUGAGUUGCAGGUGAGUUUGUGCAGCGUUGCUGUUUGCCAUUUUGAGGGAGCCGCAUGUAGUCCGUCUUCACUGGUGUCGCCCAGGAGCAUUGUAAAGGUAAGUGCUCGCUUGGUGGGGGCUGGGUAUCCUACGCUGGCCCAGAGGGUGGGGGAGUACGGGGCUCAGACUGUCCACAAGAAUAAAAGCCCGGGUCACCUCAGACGUAGCAAUCGGCCGUUUCUCCCGUCAGGGCAGCACUAGGCCCCAAAAGUAUGGAGCUUCAAAGUCACUCCAGCGAUGCAGUAUGAUAUUGUUUGUGUGGGGACUAUCUGUGUCGGGGUAUUUGCCCCCAUUAGAGUGCUUUUCCAUUUUAGGCAGGAGCUCAAUCUGCCUGCGACCCUCCAGGAUGGCGUCCAAGCCCCGCCACCAUGAAUUUCAAAUUUAAGGGCAAAUUAGCUGAACUAGACUUGGAGAAUCUUUCAGAUUUUGCUAUUUUGACCUUAUAUUUAAAAUUCACUUUGAUGCCACAACACAGCCUGAUAUAAGCGCCCUAUUACAACGGCAGGCACUCGCCAAAAUGGCGGCCGAACAGGGCCCAGACCCAUCACACAAGGCUAUCCCCCCAGAUCAAACCCCUCAGGGAGUCACACAGGGGGCCAUACAACUUACACAGCCAAUGCCACCCAAACCGACACCCCAGCAGGGAACUGCAGAUCCGGCCACCAAGCAGGACCUACAACAAAUGCAAACCAUGCUGCAGGACAUACAACGCCUACUGGCAGCAGACUUACCUGCACUCAAAACGAGCAUGCAACAGAUCACUGAGAAAGUAGUUAAUACAGAGGGAAAAAUAAGGGUAAUCCAGGGAGAAAUCUCCACACUGAAAGAAUCCCUCCUUCAGCUGCAACACAUCCACCACCUCCUGACAGUACAAAUGGCGGCGCAAGAGGAUAAAAAUCGACUCAACCACAUCAAAAUCAGGGGCAUACCCGCCUCAGUAACCAAAGAGGACCUGCCGCACUAUAUGAGAAGACUCAUGCAAUCACUGCUACCACCUGCAACGGUAAGGAAGCUCACAUUCGCAGGAAUAUACCGCCUACCCACACCUCCUAGGGCCACUACUACGCUGGACGGAGAUGUCAUCGUCCGCUGCGUCCUACCCCAAAACAAGGGGCACAUCAUGAAUGCAAUCAAAGGCAAGACCCCACUUGAUUUCGAAGAGUCCCAACUAACCUUCUAUCAGGACUUAACCAAAACCACUCUCCAAUGAAGAAAAUCACUCAGUGAUCUCACCAGUCAGCUGCAUACAGCAGGGAUACCAUACAGCUGGGGAAACCCACGCUCCUUCCUAAUCACCCACCAGGGAACCACAGACAAACUCUCCUCGGGGACUGAAGCUCCCGCACUCCUAACAAAACUGGGCCUACCAAACAAGCCCGACCAAAACACCACCCAAGCCUGGAAUCCGGCAACCGCGGAAAUAUUCAUACCAAGAAGGCAGAGAAUGGACACUCAGACCACUUGACGGUUUGGGGGGGAGAAGUCUCCUGUCCCUGCCUGUUCAAAGGCAACACAAAAUGUUAAUGUUACAUAAUGCCUAUACUCCAUUUACUGUUCACGCAUAUUUGCUCGUGUUACACAAGUUACGUCACUAGCUUAAUACUUCCUACGAGAGCGUACCAUAGACUUACUCGCAUGACUCGCCAAGCGGAAUAGCAACUACUACCAAACCCCUGCUGACCCAAAUAUGGAACCAGUGCCAUGACCAACCCACUGAUAACACUUCACCAGGUCAGACCCCUACAUCCGACCCACGACCUAGGUAACAAAACCACAAUCAACUAAGAAUCCCACAAGCAUUCUAGACUCCACUCACCACCUAGGAUUACACGCUUGUUAUCACUAACAAGGAAAUUUUGUGCUAAGACAUGACGCAUGUAUUGUAUAAACGCUGUUGAAAACUGUUAACACAAACUGUGAUGCACAUGAUAAACCUAUUGUGAGUUUGCAGCACACAAAAAUAAAGAUUUUUUUUUUAAAAAUUCACUUUGAUUACCCGGUAAUUAUCACUUUAGUUAAUAACCUUCCUGUGGAACUUCUUUCCCUUCUCUAUUGUCAUGGUUCCCACUGUAACUUCCGGAGUGCCAGACGAGGUUGUCCCAGGAGUACCUAGUAGUGGAUUUGAACCUGGGUAAUUUACAGUCCUGGGGCUGCUAUGUUACCUCUGAGCAACCAUUCUAGCUCUGUCUUGUAUCCAGCACUGGGGGCUGGACAUGCAUUGGAAUUACUCCUGUCACUCUUGGUACACCUGAAAAUGAUGGUCUCAUUAGCCAGGUAUAAAACACUGCCUCUCCCAGAAGGCAGUGUCAGUUCCUUGACUCUGGUUCCGUAUCGAUGUUUGUGUUCCAGUGUGCUCCUGUUGAUUCCUGACCAUGGCUUGUUACUCCGUAUAUCCUGACUUCUGGCAUCCUCUGACCUCGGCUUUCUUCUCGUUAAUCCUGAUUUCUGGCACCCUCUGACCUUUGGCUUACCCACGACGAUUCUCCUGCUUUAUCCGUUCCUGUACUGCGACUUGGAGAAUUAUCCUGUACAGCCCCCUUGCACUGACUCACAGGCCAGGUGAAUUCUUACCUGACCACCUCGGCCUGUGUUUACUUGCAAGGGUGAGCAUAUAUAUCUGCCUGCCGGACUCCCAACUCAGGUAAACCCUGACAUCUAUUAGACUUUCACCCAGUCUCCACUCCUUCAAAAAAUCAUUAAAAACUCACUUCUUCACAAAAGUGUAUCAAUUAAGCUGUUAAUAGCUCCCAAUUGAUUACUCUCCUGCAACUGUCAUUAAAAAAAAACACACUAAAUCUUCAGUGAAUACUAUUCUACCAAUCUACUUCCCUACUACUUCCCUCGCCUUUUGUGUCACUACAGGGAGUGCAGAAUUAUUAGGCAAAUUAGUAUUUUGACCACAUCAUCCUCUUUAUGCAUGUUGUCUUACUCCAAGCUGUAUAGGCUCGAAAGCCUACUACCAAUUAAGCAUAUUAGGUGAUGUGCAUCUCUGUAAUGAGAAGGGGUGUGGUCUAAUGACAUCAACACCCUAUAUCAGGUGUGCAUAAUUAUUAGGCAACUUCCUUUCCUUUGGCAAAAUGGGUCAAAAGAAGGACUUGACAGGCUCAGAAAAGUCAAAAAUAGUGAGAUAUCUUGCAGAGGGAUGCAGCACUCUUAAAAUUGCAAAGCUUCUGAAGCGUGAUCAUCGAACAAUCAAGCGUUUCAUUCAAAAUAGUCAACAGGGUCGCAAGAAGCGUGUGGAAAAACCAAGGCGCAAAAUAACUGCCCAUGAACUGAGAAAAGUCAAGCGUGCAGCUGCCACGAUGCCACUUGCCACCAGUUUGGCCAUAUUUCAGAGCUGCAACAUCACUGGAGUGCCCAAAAGCACAAGGUGUGCAAUACUCAGAGACAUGGCCAAGGUAAGAAAGGCUGAAAGACGACCACCACUGAACAAGACACACAAGCUGAAACGUCAAGACUGGGCCAAGAAAUAUCUCAAGACUGAUUUUUCUAAGGUUUUAUGGACUGAUGAAAUGAGAGUGAGUCUUGAUGGGCCAGAUGGAUGGGCCCGUGGCUGGAUUGGUAAAGGGCAGAGAGCUCCAGUCCAACUCAGACGCCAGCAAGGUGGAGGUGGAGUACUGGUUUGGGCUGGUAUCAUCAAAGAUGAGCUUGUGGGGCCUUUUCGGGUUGAGGAUGGAGUCAAGCUCAACUCCCAGUCCUACUGCCAGUUCCUGGAAGACACCUUCUUCAAGCAGUGGUACAGGAAGAAGUCUGCAUCCUUCAAGAAAAACAUGAUUUUCAUGCAGGACAAUGCUCCAUCACACGCGUCCAAGUACUCCACAGCGUGGCUGGCAAGAAAGGGUAUAAAAGAAGAAAAUCUAAUGACAUGGCCUCCUUGUUCACCUGAUCUGAACCCCAUUGAGAACCUGUGGUCCAUCAUCAAAUGUGAGAUUUACAAGGAGGGAAAACAGUACACCUCUCUGAACAGUGUCUGGGAGGCUGUGGUUGCUGCUGCACGCAAUGUUGAUGGUGAACAGAUCAAAACACUGACAGAAUCCAUGGAUGGCAGGCUUUUGAGUGUCCUUGCAAAGAAAGGUGGCUAUAUUGGUCACUGAUUUGUUUUUGUUUUGUUUUUGAAUGUCAGAAAUGUAUAUUUGUGAAUGUUGAGAUGUUAUAUUGGUUUCACUGGUAAUAAUAAAUAAUUGAAAUGGGUAUAUAUUUGUUUUUUGUUAAGUUGCCUAAUAAUUAUGCACAGUAAUAGUCACCUGCACACACAGAUAUCCCCCUAACAUAGCUAUAACUAAAAACAAACUAAAAACUACUUCCAAAAAUAUUCAGCUUUGAUAUUAAUGAGUUUUUUGGGUUCAUUGAGAACAUGGUUGUUGUUCAAUAAUAAAAUUAAUCCUCAAAAAUACAACUUGCCUAAUAAUUCUGCACUCCCUGUAUACUCCCUCUAGCAUGUAAGCUCAUUGAGCACUGCCCUCAACCCCUCUGUUCCUGUGUGUCCAACUUGUCUGGUUACAAUUACAUGUUUGUUAGUCCACCCAUUGUAAAGCACUACAGAAUUUUUUGGCACUAAAGAAAUAAUAUAAGUCAAACCUUUCUAUUCUACAAGUGGGUAAUUUCAAGGACACAUGUUCCUUACGGAUGUCAGUUACUGUUCAGUAGUCCAAUAAAUACCUUUUAGAGCCCACAAAAGCAAAAGCCAAAAAAAGUUUGUACACUUAAAGGACCACUAUAGGCACCCAGACCACUUCAGCUUAAUGAAGUGGUCUGGGUGCCUGGUCCAGCUAGGGUUAACCCUUUUUUUUUUUUUUUUAAUAUAUAAACAUAGCAGUUUCAGAGAAACUGCUAUGUUUAUAAUAGGGUUAAUCCAGCCUCUAGUGGCUCUCUUGACAGCCGCUAGAGGCGCUUGCGUGAUUCUCACUGUGAAAAUCACAGUGAGAAGACGCCAGCGUCCACAGGAAAGCAUUGUAAAUGCUUUCCUAUGAACUGGCUGAAUGCGCGCGCGCGGCUCCUGUCGCGCAUGCGCAUUCAGCCGAUGACGUCGCAAUGAAGGAGGAGAGGAGGAGGAGGAGAGCUCCCCUCCCGGAGCUGGAGAAAGGGAAGAUUUUUAACCCCUUCCUCUCGCCAGAGCCCGGUGGGAGGGGGACCCGGAGGGUGGGGGCACCCUCAGGGCACUAUAGUGCCAGGAAAACAAGUGUUUUCCUGGCACUAUAGCGGUCCUUUAAUCAAUUUCCAUGAAUAUUUUUCUGCGUAUAUUUAACAUGAAAAAAAUAUGUGUAGACUGUUAUAGCAAUGUAAGAGGACAAUUCAUUCACACUAUCUGAAACCAGUGAUUGAAGCAUGCUAUAAAAUGCAAACUUUCUUGGACAAUAAAAAUAGGCACGCUCAAUGACUUUAAUGUACUUCUUUGACCUGUUAAAUGUAUUUUUGCAUGAUGUGAGCUUAAAUUAAAGGAACACUACAUGCACUAUAACCACUACAGUACGCUGUUAUGGCUGUGGGGAUGAUAGGAGUGCCCUCGCGCCUCGUCAAAGUCAUCAUACCUAGACUGGUUUAACUUCUUAGCGGAGUUAUGCUAGGUGCUGCUGCUUGCCUCUUAAAGAGCCAUGAGCUAAGCAUGGUUUAACUCAUGGACAGACAGUGACCAGUUUAUAAUCUUCACCAAUGAAUUGGCCUUGCACUGCAUAAAUUAACUCAGACGCAAUCUUUGACCGCUUUUGGGACACCUUGGAGGCAAGACGGAUUACUGAUGUACAACAUCAGCCUGCAAAGGAGACCGGGAGCAGAAUGGGGGUGGUGGGACACCUCCGGGUGCUUUAAUGUCCCAAGCACAAGGAACCCGUGUUUCAAGCCCACCUGGGCCAAAUGCUACUAAGGGCAAGACCCUGACGCAUCGACCACACAGGCAGGAGACCAUCCUCUUCCAGCAGAGACACAACAGGGCCUUCUGUCUCUCCAACAUGGACUCUUUGAGCCCCCAUGCCCAUGGAUCAGUGAUGCUUGCUUGCAUAACGGCCUGGGGCGGGGGAGGUCUGUCCCCCAGUGCGCUCCCUCUGCAGAAUCCUGGGACUCUCCCAGCACCUGAGCAAGCCAACAGCCGGCAUAGGUUGAGCGAAUCUCUCCAAGUGGCACCAACCCAGUCCACGCUAUGGGACUAUCACGUUAUUAUAUUUAAUAAUUAUGGCAUAGCGUUCUCUAUAGCUCACCUUGUCUUUUAGCCUGCUCUCAUCUACUCCUUCUGCUAUAACUACAUGUCCUUUAUUAUACAGCACUGUGCUGGGCCUACCAUGUUAACCCCUUAAGGACCAAACUUCUGGAAUAAAAGGGGAUCAUUACAUGUCACACAUGUCAUGUGUCCUUAAGGGGUUAAAGUAACAUUUUACUUUAGGGAAUAGGAACUUAAGGACCACUAACAGUUAUUAUUAGGGCAUCUUUCCACCAGUUUGUUUUUUCGUACUCUCUUACACUAUACCUUAAGCAUCCUGACAGGGGGGAUUAGCAGAGUUUGAAUAGCCAUAUUUGCCUUUCCCAGCACCAGCCAGUGGUACACAUCUUUGUUUUAGCAUUUUCAUGCUAUAGCUUCCCCAGUACACUCUACUUUUCAUGCUUGUUAGCAACAAUUUCGCUGACACGACACUCUAGUGUAAUCUCUUCCUUAUGACUAGCCAUGGAAGCACAGCUGUAUCUGUUGUUACUAUAUUAUAUUUAAAAAUGUGAAUGUUUUCUCAAGUACUCCAACAGUUACGCAUGACAACAUGCUUGAGGAUUGCUGAUGGAGAACUCCGAGCUUGUAUGUAUUGAUAUCAUGCACAAAAAAAAAAUAAUAAUAAUUAGCUGAGGAGAACUAACAGAAGUUCCUAGCAGGAGUUUUCAGCGCUCCAGAGCAAAGAGAAAAGGCAGGAAGUGAUGUCCAACAGUCCAGGUAAAUGGUCAAACUGUUCAACUAUGGUUUGACUGCAUAUAUUGGUUGAGUAUUAGGGCACGCCUGGCAUCAUAAUCACAAUGGUUAUUGUGCUUGUAGUGUUCAGUUAAAACAGGCCUGCCCAAUCUGCUCUACCCCCUCCAGAUGUUUUUAACUACAACUCCUAUGAUUCUUUGGCUAUCUGUUUCAUUAAUAAAACAUGGGUGUUGGCUGUUUCAUGAAAUGAUUUUUAACAGGUUGUGCAAACUUGGUUUAAAACAUUUCUGAGUGAUUUAAUGGGGUCAAAAAUAAAUGUGACUGUUGAAUUUGAGAUAAUUAGCUUGUUUGAGUAUAAGAGUGCAUAUCUCCCAACAAAGGUAGGUAUGGAGGGGAAGAACAAAUGGCCAGGCCCAUCUGUGAUGGUGGGUCUGUCUGAAAAGAGGUAUGCCAGCCAAACAUGUGUGACUGGCAGGUUAACUGAUUCUGUCUGCCCACUCUUCUUGGGGCAGCCCAUGCUGAUAGCUCUGUGGUUAUAGAGUGAAUUCCUUGCCCUGUGCAGAUUAGGAACAUUUACCGUAAUCCCCAGAUGCUGUAUUCCACGAAACAAACCCAGGUCAUGCCUGCUAAACUUUGGAUAGUAAAGAGGUAAGCAAGGGUGAUAGAAUCAACAUGCAUAAAAUACCAAAUACAUUCUCUUAUUAUCACAUUUUCUGCAAUCCUGUGUUCAAUUUAACAUUAAUUAUUUUUUUCCCAAAAUACAGUGAAUUUAUUUCUGGCACUCAAAGGAGAGGGAGAAAUCUUCAAGAACCAGUUGUGUUGCCCCAUUCAUUUCAGAAAAAUUAGGUAUUAUAGAAUCGACCUGGGAUCACAGUUAUUUAAUAGUGCCUAACAGAGGUGAAUAGAUUACUGUUAAUAUUAAUGACUGUAACACACAGGGAGGUUUAUAUUGUGUCAGUGCCAUAUAGAAGGUGGAUAUUAAAUUAAAAAUGAACAGCAAAAACAACGUCCCAUGCUGUGAUAUACAGUGAAUAUAGCUGGCAACAUUUCCCUUUAGAGUCUAAUAUUGUCCCAAUGUGCUACAGUUUUAUAUAAAACUUGCUCUUUUACUCACAUAAACUAAAUAGAUUUCUUUACUAAAAUCUGCAGCAUAGCAAAUCACUUACAGUAUGAUACCACGGUGCAAUAAUUGCCUGUUUUGGUUUAACACUGCUGGGACCUCAUUAGCAGCUAGGAAAACACUUUUUUGGUUCUGCAAAGAGGUAAAUCUACCAUGUCCUGCAUAAAAAGGGUAAAUGAAAGAGGAGAGUGUGAAUGAGAUAAUAGCGCACACAACACCUUCUGCUAUUUGAUCAUUGCUAUAGCUGCCUGCCAACCACCCUUUAGCGAUUUUGAAAAUAGAGAAUGCAGGGUGGAGAGGAAAACUGCGGCAAUUAAUAACUUUAACCUCACCAGAUUUUGAAUGAAAAUUAAUGAUCUUCAGAACAUGUGCUGAUAUGUCCUCUAUGGUCAGAUAAUGUUAUGAAUGGAUAUGGAUUAAUUAAGCAUAACUCAUGUACUUAAUUAGCUACUUUUCUGUCUAAUUAAAUGUUAGUUCUCUCUUAUAUAAGUUUGUCUACAAAUAGGCACCUAUUGGCAUGAAACCUCUGAGGUUUUCUUUAAAGAUUUUAUGGCCUUCAUAAUAGACAUGUGUUAACCAUGUUAGGUAAGCCCUGGCUGGUUCUUGCAAAAAGAUGUCCAACAAAUGAGGUGUUUCAAACUAUGCCAAGAUUAGCCAAUAAAAGAGGCAAGUCUCUUGGGAAUUAUAGUUCGAUUCAAAUUGCAGGGCAGGCAUUAACUUUAGAUAAUAACACGGUUUGUGUUCAUAACAUAUAUUUAAAUGGUAACAUAAUAAACUGUCCUCUUGGUCACCAGAGCAGGAGGGAUGGUGUUAAGAUGUCUGAAGGAACCUUUUAGGAUAAACUAGUAUGGAGCCAUUAGAAAUUAGUAAAUAAUCCCCUUUUUGUACAGUUAUGAUUCACUACAGUUAAUUAUAGUUUCUCUUCUUCAUGGAAUGAGAUUCUAUACAUACCAAUGACCGCCACCAAAACUUUAAUGACUUUAUUAAUCUUCCUGUAUGGUAAAGUCAUCAAAUCCUACCAAAAGUUAAUAGUUCUUCAACAGGUGCGAGAGGCAGAUGACCUUUUCUAUAUAUCCAUAUGUAGGUCAUGGAAUUAUAUUGAUUAAAUGACCACUUCAUGUUAAUGAAGUGGUUAUAGUGGCAAGAAGGCACUUGCCACAUCUUACCUUCAAAUGGUAUAACACUUAAGUAAUUAAUUAAUUAGAAUUCCCUAGGCACAGGUCCCACUUCCUCUCCUGCAGACAGUCUAUCACUGGUCACCCAAAGUGAGUAAUGAUUCAGAAAAGUACCCAGUACAAUGUAAAGUGGUUAAUGAAAUGAUUUUUGAAUGAGGAUAAGUAAAUAAAGCACUUUUAAAAAAAAAAAAAUUAUUUUUUAAAACAAAUUUUGUUUAUAUUUAGUUUUCAUUGUCUGAACCUUGCUUAUGUUAAAAGUAAUGCUUAUUAAUGUUUUAUGUUGUAAUAUUUUAUAUUCUAUAAAACAUUAACUGUAAUGAUGGCAUUUUUUUAAAUUUUUUUAUUGAAGCUUGAAAAACGUACAUGAAAAGGGAAACAGUUAUAACAAACAUGCAUCUGUGUAUAUAGGCUUAGAAAGAAUAGAAACAUGCAUAGAGGGAGAACCUCCUUUCAGAGACUGCAUCAUUUUUAAAGUUUUAGAAAAUAUAAUAGAAACAGGCUAGACAUACUUGUCCAAAACAAGAGGUAUAAACUAUGCCAUCAGAGGUGAGUUAAAACAAUACAUUUAACCUGAGAAGACCUUACAGACAAGGUGAAUGCUGAGUAAAACAAUACUGCAAUGGCAACAUACCAGUGGUAUGUUAACAUAAUACUGAUGGUUAGUAGAACUAGAUUAGCUGACAAUAGAGUCUAGACAAGUAAGAGGAAGAAAACUAUUGAAAGUAGACCGGGCGAGGGGCGUGGCCGAACCAUCGAUGAGACUGGACGUGUCUCGGUAGAGCUCCGCCACAACUGCGCCAAAAGCAAUCAAAAGCGACCUCAAACCUGACAAGUUACCCCCCACAAGACUCCCCAACAUGGAGAAGAGACCCCCUAAGAAGCAGGGGAAAAAAAUAACCGAAACUGGGGGCUCCGGCUCUGUCCUCGACCAUUUUCCCAUGCACAAGCACGGCCGUGCAGGAAGCCAAGAUGGCGACGGGAGCUCCCUGCAAACAUCGCCUAGGGCAGGCAAGGAGGCCCCAAACAAUGACCAAGAUACUGUGCUGGCCAAGCUGGCCGAAGUCAGGGUCUUCCUAGCAGGAGAAAUAGCCAAAUCAACUGCAGUUCUCCAGGCGGAGAUAGGAGCCCUGGGAAAACGCACGGCCAUCUUGGAAGAGUGCAUGGAAGCCAUCGAGCUAGCCCACAACACAGUUAUAGAGCGAGUGAACCGAAUGACAUCGCACCUGGUGGAAACCGACCUAACCUUGGAAGAUAUGGCCAACAGGUCACGGAGGAAUAAUCUCCGCAUUCGGGGCCUCCCUGAGGAGAAAGAGGAAGAUUUGAGGGGGAUUCUACUUUCCACCCUAAAGCCUCUCCUUCCCAACCUCCCGGAAGAACAUUGGCACAUAGAAAGGGUGCAUAGAGCCCUGAGACCUCAGAAGGCCAACAAUAACACCCCGCGGGACGUAAUCGUUCGCUUUCUUUAUUAUUGCACUAAGGAGGUGCUGAUGGAAAAAAGCCACGAUGCACCGAUAAGACACGCAGGGACCACUAUAUCAUUAUACCAAGAUCUGGCACCGUCGACACUUCAACAACGAAGAGAGUGGAGACCUAUCACAGUGGCCCUACGUGAAGCAGGCCUGAAAUAUGCGUGGGGAUUCCCCUUUAAGCUAAUGGUAUUUCGGGGAGACCGAACACAUAUCCUGAUGCCAGGAGGGGACCCCCAACGUUUCUUUCGAAGCCUCAGGAUACAACCACCUCCCCGACUUCCAGAUAUCUCCAUGUACCCUACAGAACUUCAACAGCUACAGACGAAGUGGCAAGAGGUCGGAGCUAGAGGCCACCGCUGACGCACUGGAGGUAUCGUAUAACAACUACGCAACGCCACUUACAACCUCUUUUUCUCUUCCCAACCUACAGUGACUGAACUUUUUAUUUUUUCCAUUCUGCUUUUCCCUGGGUUACACAAGUCAUCCCUUUGGGAGGGAAUUGAGGGCUCUCCCCUCCCUGGGUGUCAUGACGACAUUCACCUUCUGCCCCGGGUACUCAGGGAGCAAACAUCGAAACCCGCCUCACCUUGUCCCCCUCUUCAGUUAAGGUUUAACUUCAAGUUCCUGCUAAGCUUCAAUGUUAUUUUUUAAAUCGGUAGCCUACUUUAACUGGUGAUUGGGGCUACCGUGGGAGAGGGAGUUGAUCCCCACAAGGACUGCCUCGGGAGGGGUAUGGGGUAUGCCGCACUUGCCUUCAAGGAACUCCUUAAAGGAUCUAACCCGAAACACUGUCCCUGACUGAGACGCAGGUUGUGGGGGCCCCCGGGAAUCCUACCAGGGUGUGGCUCACGAAGAGGUGGGGACGCGUUAACACUCAAUCCCUGCGGAGCCCAUGCCCACCUAAUUUUUUUUUGGCAUAUAGGCCCAGACCACCUCGGAGAUGGAGGACCGGCCCUCCUCGCAACGGACACCCCACCUUGAAGACACAGAAGGGACAGAUUGUAUUAUGCCAUUCGACAAAAAGGGGCACAGGGAAGACACCAGGAAUGAUCUUUUGCAUUUAGUCCUUCUCUGAGGCCCGGGAUCUUUCCUUCCCCCGAAUCUCUUAAGCACUAUUGCAUAACUAUACAUGUUCUGACAGUUAUAAACAUAGAUAAUCCUUUAACCUCCAUACAAUCAAAAACAGGGGGCAAAAGAAAGAAGGGGAAAAAAAAGGGGGGGGGAGGGGCGGUUGAUAUUCUACGCAUAUAUUAUAUUUUGUUUGUAUGGGUAAGAUAGAUGGAUAAGGCAGUCAUUCUGGGAUAAUGCAUUCUGGGCUAAUUAUGACUACCCCAUACUUCUGACUCUGUUGAGGAACACCGUUGGUACUGAAUGAAACUCUAGCACUGUACUGAUGUAUACAAUGUCCUUAAAGGUAGCACGUGGAGGGGGGAUGGGGGGGGCGGGAGCGAGAUAUGGGGCGCGAGGCCACUCCUUUCCCACCGAUAUACAUGUGACUCAGGGGGCCACUACUAACCUUAAUGAACAUACGGACGCAUGGGCACCUAAUGGCCCUGUCAUCCCUCCCCUUUGCAUUGCUCUCCCCUGAGAUCCUUCUCCUGCGACACCCCGAUACCUGUAUAAAGAGUUGGGUUCCCGACUUCUAUAAACCCCGUCGCUAUAUGCAUACAGAAGAAAAUAAAGGGAGAACACACACAAAAAAAAUAAUAAUUACAAAAUAAAUAAAUAAAUAAAAAAGGGGGGGGAGGAAGGGGCGGUUGAUGUUCUACACAUAUGUUAUAUUUUGUUUGUAUGGGUAAGAUGGAUGGAUAAGGCAGUCAUUCUGGGAUAAUGCAUUCUGGACUAAUUAUGACUGCCCCAUACUUCUGCCUUUGUUGAGGAACACUGUUGGUACUGAAAGAAACUCUAGCACUGUACUGAUGUAUACAAUGUCGUUAAAGAUAGCACGUGGAUGGGGGGAGGGGGGAAUAGGAAAGGAGGGAGGGGGGAUGGGGGAGGCGGGAGCGAGAUAUGGGUCACGAGGCCACUCCUUUCCCACCAAUAUACAUGUGAUGCAGGGGGCCACUACUAACCUUAAUGUACAUAUGGACGCAUGGGCACCUUACGGCCCUGUCAUCCCUCCCCUUUACAUUACUCUCCCCUGAAACCCUUCUCCCGCGACACCCCGAUACCUAUAUAAAGAGGUGGGCUCCCGACUUCUAUAAACCCAGUCGCUAUAUGCAUACAGAAGAAAAUAAGGGGAGAACACACAAAAAAAACCAAAAAAACAUCUUUUAGUAAUAACAUGAAACUUGAUCCUUCUCCGUUAUCCUUUGUGUUUAUUUGUUGAUUACUAUUUUGCCAUAACAAAAAAGAAAAAUAAGAGGGAAGAUAUGCUACACAUCCAUUGCACACAAGACAUGUAAAUUAGUAAAGUAAAUUAGAUCAGCUAAUCCCCUGGAAAGAUGUACAUUAACCCACUUGCAAAUCCUCUCUACAUAGGAGACAUCCCUGAUAUGACUCAGGAUAAUUCGAUUGCGCCCUCCCAUGCAUGACUUCACUGACGAUACCAUGUCACGCUAUGACGAACACAAACAUCACACAACAGAAGCGCAGGUCAGAUAUAGUGAGAGGGGUACUUGCCUAAUAUAUACACCUUAAGAGGCGGAGGGGGGAAUGGGGUAUUGGAAGUGUACACACUCUGGGAGAUUGAGACACUUGAGAUAUAUCUGGGACUAGCAGGUCUCGCUCCGGGAAAGGCAAGGGCAUGAGGCGGAAUGACGGGGGUCAAGGGAGGAAGGGACCUUGAAUCCUGCGCCCCCGGACACCCUAAAACUGAUAGCCGAAUAAGAAUGAAGGGGAGGACCUGAUGGGGGAAACCCCUAGGCAUAUACUUAUACGGAUUAGAUGAAUCAGAGGUCAACUCAAAUUGAAUAGGUGCAUCCGUGAUGGAUCCCAAGGAUCCUAAGUUCCUCCUUGCAUUGACCAUGGAAGGGAUGAAGGAACGUGCUCCCCACAAGACCCUGGCAAAGAGUAAGACCAGUGUUUCUACAUUUACUCAUCUGAUUGGAAUCGGAUGUCUUUUCUCUUCUUCACUAUCCCCUCUUUUCUUUCUCUCCUUUAUGUGGUGCGGCCUUGGGGAGCGGUUGGAGGUGGGGGGGUCUCCGGGAGGACAUUGGACCUAGUACUGAGCCGCGCGCUGACGGACCCCGGUCCUGGACUGUCACAUCAGAACUAAACAAACACGUCGCGAUGAUUAAAAUCACGACACUGAAUGUAAAGGGCCUUAAUGCCCCCAAGAAGCGCCGCAUUAUGUUUAAAGAAUUAAAGAGACUAAAGACGUAUAUUGCAUAUAUCCAGGAAACCCACCUAUCAAAACAAGCCAAAGUUAACCUAAAAGACCAUACCUUCAGGGGAUCACAUGAAGCAAGAUCGCAAUGUAAACACAACGGAGUGGCUAUUUUAAUCGGAAACAGCUGCCCAUUUCAGAAGACGGCCCAGGAAAUAGACCCAGAAGGCCGAUACAUUAUCGUAUCAGGCAUUUUAUACUCGCAUACCAUUCACCUGAUUAACGUAUAUGCUCCGAACCAACCAGACCCCUCGUUCUGGAACACGCUCCGGGAGAAAAUCUCAUCACUUCCACAUGGCAUGGACUAUGUGGGAGGGGACUUCAACGCUACCCCGUGCCCUGCAGUGGACAGGAGCACUAGAGACGGAACACCGAGGUCCCAUGGAAGAGGUGGACAAGAUCGACAGUUUAAAAAAUUUAUACUAGACACAGGCCUAACGGAUAUAUGGCGAGCGCACCACCCAGGAGACAAGGACUACUCAUUUUAUUCAACACCUCAUGGUACGUAUUCCAGAAUAGAUCUCUUCCUGACUAACGCAACGGGCAUGCCCAGGAUUGUAGGCUCUAAGAUUGGUAAUAUAUCAUGGUCGGACCAUGCAGAUGUGUCCAUUACGUUGGGCAAUCUGUGCGUGGCUUCGCCAUGGACGUGGAGACUAAACAUAUCAUUAUUACAGGACCCGGAGCUAAGAGAACAGAUACGGACUAAAAUAUUGGAAUAUUUUGUCACAAACAACACCCCAGAUGUCAGCGCGGGAUCAACAUGGGCAGCCCACAAAGCGGUAAUAAGAGGGACCCUUAUAAAAUUAGCCACUAGAAAGAAGAAAAUGAAACAUGUACAACUGGACACCCUGAUGGGUCAAUUAGGAAACCUUAAACAGAAACAUCAAACGACACCCGACAAUGAGACCUAUAAGAAACUGGAAGCGGUACAAAGGAACAUUCGAACGCUACUGCUAGAUGAUACCACUCGAUCCAUGGUCUGGUCGAAACGGACUUUCUACGAGAAAUCCAUUAAAAUGGAUUCACUCCUAGCUCGAACAUUGCGACCUAGACAAGAAUGAUCCCACAUCACGGCCAUCAAACAUCCAGAUGAAACGACAAAAUCAAGGCCAGAUGAGAUAGCAAAGGUUUUUGAGGACUUCUACAAAAGACUAUACAACCACACACCGGAUGCAAACACUCCUGACGGACACAAAGAAGAACAUAUCAUCAGAUACCUGAAUGACCUCGGGAUGACCAAACUUGGGAGAGAGGCAGUAAAUAGCCUGACUGCUGAAAUUACAGAAGAAGUAUAUAGAGCCAUAUCAAACUUGAAAGGUAACAAGGCUCCAGGACCUGAUGGAUUCGAUGGUACGUAUUAUACGACCUUCAAGGAAGAGCUUACACCCCAACUGAUGAGACUCUUUGACUACAUGAAACAAGGGGGACUUCUAAACCCAGACAUGACCAUAGCUACCAUUGUAUUGAUACCCAAACCAGGCAAAGACACGCUCCAACCAGAAAACUACAGAUCCAUAUCGCUGAUUAACCAAGAUCUGAAAAUAUUGGCAAAAAUCCAAGCUGACAGAUUGAACCCACUACUAAACUCACUCAUACACGCCGACCAAGUAGGCUUUAUUCAGGGCAGACAAUUGUUCGAGAAUACCAGGAGGAACAUAAAUCUAGUCUGGAAACAAGUGACCUCCGAAGUCCCCACUUUAGUGGUCUCCAUAGACGCGGAAAAGGCCUUUGAUAGGGUGAGGUGGCAAUUCCUCUUCACGGUGCUGAACCACCUGGGAUUCCCAGAAGAAUUUAUAACUACCACGAAAGCAAUGUACCAUGAAGUGAGAGCACAGGUACAGAUCACAGGUGACCCGAUGAAACCAUUCCGACUCUACAAUGGAACUAGGCAGAGGUGCCCACUCUCCCCCCUCCUGUUUGUACUAGCACUGGAACCCUUGAUGCAAGCGAUAAGACAACAUCCAGGUAUUGGAGGAGUACGGGUAGGAGACAGAAAGUUUACAGUCUCAGCGUACGCGGACGACGUUCUUUUGACCAUUACAAACCCCUUGGAAUCUAUAGCGGCUCUACAGGAAGUUAUCAAGGACUACGGAGAACUGUCUGGGUAUAAGGCUAACAUGCAAAAAUCCAGCGCUAUGCCAAUUGGCAUGAAAGAAGACGAAAUAAGUCGGAUACAGCAGAACUAUCGAAUCAGGAUGGAAAGAGAGUCUUUGAAAUACCUGGGUAUACACUUAACAGCAGACCUGGCACGCCUCCACUCCGCAAACUAUGGUCCCUUAACCAGGACGUUGAUGGGAGACUUAGAAAGGUGGAUAGAUAAGCCCAUUUCCUGGAUAGGACGGAUUAACUCUGUUAAAAUGAACAUCCUCCCAAGGAUUUUAUUCUUAUUCCAAGCUUUGCCUAUCCGCGUCACUAAAACACAAUUGAAUCCACUACAACGGUCAAUAGGAGACUUCAUUUGGCAGAACAAGAGGCACAGGAUAUCUAGACAGGUUCUCUAUAGACGUAAAGAGAGAGGGGGGCUGAGCCUACCAAACCUAUAUUUCUAUUACCUUGCAGCCCAACUGACACAGGUAGCUAUGUGGCAUUCCCCACCGGAAGAGAGGAGAUGGGUCGAGAUAGAAUCCAUGAUGGUGGGCUGGGACGUCCCCCAGUUCACUAUGUGGAUCCCGAAAGAUUAUAGACCCAUGAUACGGGUGACUUGUCUGUCCAUACUCAAUUCGCUCCAAAUAUGGGACACAAACAAAAUCAAGUAUGGACUGGCGGCCUCCCCCUCCCCCUGACUCCAAUUCUCAGAAAUAGGGAGUUCCAGCCUGGAAUGGCUCCUAGAGAUUUUCGAAACUUAGAAAGAACAGGACUACAACGGAUCCAUCAGCUAUACCACAAUGGGAACCUCAUCCAAUUUGCAGACCUUCAACAAGAUAACCACCUAACACCCACAGACUUCUUUAGAUAUAUACAGAUCCGGGACUUCGCUAAGAAACCACACAUAAAGGCAGCAGCUCAGGGAAGCAUGACUUUCUAUGAAAAACUAUGCCUACAUAGAAGGACCCCCAAGGGCAUGAUAACCCUGAUGUACGCCCACCUUAGCACAGAAACCAAACAAUGGGGGCGACUAUCUUAUACCGACCAAUGGGAGACAGAACUAGGAGAAGAGCUAGAAGGCAUUGAAUGGCAAGAAAUAUGGGAAGCAAAUAAAAACGCUUCUAUAUGUGUCACACUACAAGAACAGACGUGGAAAACCAUGUUUAGAUGGUAUACAACCCCCGUAAAAUUAUAUAAAAUGCACAAAAUGGAUACGGAUGACUGCUGGAGGGGCUGUGGAGCCUGAGGAAUGUACCUUCACAUGUGGUGGGAAUGCCCAAAACUUGUUAGAUUUUGGAGACCUACUGAAACAAAUAUUUAACAGGCCCUUAGCCAGAGAUCCGUGGGUAUACCUAUUAAACAGGUCUGUAGACGGAUGGACUAAGAGAGGGCAGAAACUAGUCCAUAAAAUAACUCUAAGCGACGAACAGAAGCAACUGGGUGGCUAUCACCAGACGGACCUGAGUUUCCGGGAGUGAUAUCUAGGAUCCGCGAAUGUAGGAUUAUGGACGACCUGACAGCAAGAGUAAAGGGAUCGACAGAAACAUUUCUAAGACUUUGGGAGCCAUGAGAUAAUAGUGUAGUGGGAUCCAGGGAAGACAGAUAAGACCGAAAGGAAGAAGUAAAGGUGACCUAGUAACGGAGGUCUCCUCCGACCGGGGGAUUCAAUCACCACACGUGGCAUAAGGGGUCGUGGAAGUGCCUUCUGUCCCCCCCACCCCCGGCUCUCGCCCCCUAGCCUUUCCCUCGCCGCUUCACGGAUGCUGCACCCACUAUCUUACCUUCCUUUACUUCGUACUAUCUACUCAGUCUCUCUUUCUCUACUCUCCUUUCUUUCACUUCCCGUCUCUUAACGGGAAGAUUCCUUUCCUGAUUUAAUAUGUAUUCAGUAUACAAACCUCUUCAGGCAUGGUCAACGUAGCGAAGGAAAUGGGAGACCUAGAAUUAUCAUACAGACCUUAGACUAUUACUCCUAUAGUUAUACCUAAAGGCCUAAAAAUAUAAAACUUUCGACCGGAUACUGACGUUAAAGAUACUCAAAAACGCCACAAGAUUCAAAUGAAACAUAUUAUACAAUUGAAUGUUAUACCAAAGUUUGCUUCUGCGUAAGCGACACUUCUCAUGCACACCUGAGUAUUCCUGUCAAACCAAUACAGUAGGGAAUUAUAUUAUGUAUGUAAAAACCCUUAACGGAUGGCAGGCCCUCGUGGUUCCAUCAAGCAUGGGCACAUAUUGUAAUGAUUGAACUACAUGACUAUGUCAAGAAAUUACUCUUAAUUUGGCUUCUGCGUAAGCCCAAACAUUGAUGCUUGCUUACUAUGUCUGUUGAGCAAAAAUAAAGAAUUAAAAAAAAAAAAAAGUAGACCGGGCGCUAAUUGCAUAAAGAGAUGUCAAAGAAAAUAAAGCUAGAGACAUAACUGCCCACAGAAAUCUAGAGAGCCACUCAUAAUGAGGCAACAGAGGUUUAUUACAAACAAGAUAUUCAGCCGAUGCCCAUCAUAUCAUGUAUACUGCACUGACAGGAGGGUAGUUUCAAGUCCCGCAUAUUUGCACUCCACCAGCCUCAGGCUGUAAUAUAGUUCAAUACACUGGACUCACAAGUCCUGUCUCGAACUGUGACCAGGACUUGGUCUCUGGGUCCUCUGACAGACUGCUUCUUCUUAUACUGAGUAAGGACCUUCCUAGGCUGUGCUUAUUGUGCUGGAACAUAUCCCAAUUUGAACCAUGGCCCAGGAGAGUAGCAAUCCACAUCAGGACUGAGUCAUCAGUGUCAAGGCUUCUUUUGAGUUGUCUGCCUCCGCUUCAGCACUGUCUGCGUAGCAUCAGGGUGUGUCCCCCCCCACCAGUCCAGGGGGUGGAAGCACAUUGGGUCCAUGCAGUCAGAGUGCCCUCUUCUCCUCAAGUCGUCUGUCGGCCACAGUCUUGUUCUAUCACAGAAAAUCAUGUCAACUGCCAACAACCGGACUACAAAUUGUAGAUUCAGGAGCCCACAAGAGUGUACAGCUUAUGUCUGUCUUUAUAAAAUCAGCGAUUGUCAGAAAAAACGGCUAAAUCAGUGAUAUAUUCCCAGAGCUUGGCCAAAAUACAUCCGGCUAGCUCAACAGUUAGACUCUGCCCCACAUGUGAAAUUACUUUUAACCUAUGGUAUUUUUUUAUAUAUCAUGUGACCAUCAUGUGUGGAACUUCACCACUUCUUCUGAACUUCCCCUUGUCUUAUCCCCUCUCCCCUCCCUACCUGCGUUGUGCUUUCAUGCUGUGUCUCCCUCUCUCUACACGGAGACCAGGUGCCGGAGAGUGACCCUCCAUGAAGGGCGGCCAGCCAGCCCACCCACUGAUGCCCGCUGCUUAUGGUCCUGCAGGAACAGGCGAUCAUGCUUCCCAGGUGUGGCUCCACAGAAGGGGGAUUGACUUCUCCGGGCAGAGUGAAUCCUGUGGUGCGCGUGCCGAAGCAAGCUGCAGUAAGUGGUCACGACUCCUCUGCCUAUUUAAGCUCCACCAACCCUUGACUCUUUGCUCAGUUAUACUUUGCUCCUGUUGUGUUCCUACCUUCAGUGCCUGUGCUAUUGCCUUCUGAUAUUUGACCCCUGCCUGACUACUGACAAGGAUCCUGUGCCACCUGUCCUGACCUUUGCCUCUCCGACCAUUCUUUGUCUGACCCUUGUGUACUGCAUUCCUGAUUGUGCUUACUGGUUUUUCUGCUUCUAUGGCCUCAUCUACUAAACAGCAUUCUAAUACCCCUUGGAAAUCUCACCUCAUUGUCUGCAAAAACCUAAUAAAGGAAGGCCUUUGGUAUAAAGAGUACUUGACCGGCUAUAUUAUUGGUUUCACUAGUCCAUGUGAUAUCAUAUAGCUACUGACUAGGACUUCUGAUUCACUAAUCCCAUUUUUCUCUAAUGCUGGAUUAUCAAUAAAACUUUAGAAGUAUUACACAGAAUUUUGCUUUUACCUUAUCUGAAGAUUGAUCUGAGAGUAUAUUAUUUUUCUUAUACGCUCAAAAGAAGUUCUAAUUUACAGAAGCAAUAACAUAGCUCUUAUUAAUACAAUGAAACCUCUCCGAUGCCCUGGCUAACAAGCAUUUAUCUCCUUAUUCUAUAACACAUCCAAACUAGAAAGAAACCAGAACCUAAAAUAAUAUGCUUCUCUGUAUAAUAGGACAGAGGACAACUGUCACCAAAAACUAUGUUUAAUAUAAUAAUCCUUUUAAUCAAGUUUUAAAUUUAAAUGUAAAACAAAACAAAAAACUAAUCCCUACUUUUAGUAUAUGGCAGAAUCCUUCAGCCAUAUACAUGCACCUUGGGUCAGACCAGGGCCAGACUGGGAAGAAAAAGGGGCGAGGCCAGAUAGGGUGUGUUUUGUCAUCACCAAUGACAAGCCUGCCCCAUCACAGAGUGAGCAUGUUGGUUCAAUGCUCUUCCAUGGCAGACCAUGCGCAAAGCUCUGCUGAAGAGCUCUAGCAUGAGAAAAAGGCCCUGUAUUUGUUCUGCACAGUGCAAGCAAAUUUAAUAACAUGUUUGCUUUAAAUUUGUCUCUGGUGUCUCCAUAGAUGGGAUACCAGGAGACAAAAAUGCCAGAAAAGAGUAUUGUGCAGUGUGUGUGUGUGUGUGUGUGUGUGAGGGUAAUAUGUGUGUGAGGGGUGUAGUGUGGGUAAGGGUGCUGUGUGUGGGUGCUACGUGCAUGUGAGGAAGCUGUGUGUGUGAGGGUGCUGUGAGUGUCAGGUGUCAGGGGUGCAGUGUGUGUGCAAGAGGGGUGGAGUGUGUGUGGGUGCUGUGUGUGAGUGAUGGGUGCAGUGUGUGUGUGUGUGUGUGAGGGUGCUAUGUGCGUGUGAGGAAGCUGUGUGUGUGUGUGUGAGGGUGGGUACUGUGAGUGUCAGGGGUGGAGUGUGUGUGUGUGUGGAGUGUGUGCAAGAGGGGUGGAGUGUGUGGGUGCAGUGUGUGAGUGAUGAGUGCUGUGUUUGAGUGAGGGUGCUAUGUGCGUGUGAGGAAGCUGUGUGUGUGAGGGUGCAGUGUGUGAGUGAGGGUGCUGUGAGUGUCAGGGGUGUAGUGUGUGAGGGUGCUGUGAGUGUCAGGGGUGGAGUGUGUGAGGGUGCUGUGAGUGUCAGGGGUGGAGUGUGUGUGGGUGAGGGUGUUGUGAGGGGUGCUGUGUGUGAGGGUGCUGUGUUUGAGUGAGGAUGCUAUGUGCGUAUGAGAAAGCUGUGUGUGUGUGUGUGUGUGUGUGUGAGGGUGCAGUGUGUGUGUGUGUGUGUGAGUGUCAGGGGUGCAGUGUGUGAGUGAGGAUGCUGUGAGUGCCAGGGGUGCAGUGGGUGUGACUAUGUUUGGAGGGCUUGUGUGUUGGGGGUGCAGAUUAUCAAUAUAUAUUAAUAAAAAAUAAAAAAAACAUUGAUUGUAUCCCCCCUCCUUUCUUACCUUUAGCCUGGGAGGGGGGGCCAUGCUGGUGCCAUCCCUGGUGGUGUUAGUGGUGAGUGAACUCUAGCCUGUGGGGCUAGAGUUCACCCUCGCGAAACCUGGAGCACUCCGGAUCUUGGAUCUCACGAGAGGAACCCUGCGGAACUGCAAGAUAGAGCUCCUCCAGGGUUCCUCUCCAGGCUGUCUCCCUCCCCAGCCAGCGACCGCCUUUCACUGCAUGUGGGCCUGUGAGGCAGAUCGUUGAUCUUUCCACCGGCCUGUCAUGGAAAACAGCGGGGCCGGCGCUCAGAUGGAACGGCCGGGGAGGUCCUGUGAUUUCCUCAUCCCAUGAGUCCAGGCCUGGGUCAGGCAGUGUUUUAAACCCAACAGUUAGUUUCUAAGUUCUUUCCUCCUUCUGAGUAGAGAGUGAGGAAGCAGUGAAGACCACAGAGACCACAGAGUUUUCAAACACUGUCUGACCCAAGGUGCAUGUAUAUGACUGAAGGAUCCUGUCAUAUGCUAACGGUAGGGAUGAGGUUUUUAUACAUUUUGUUUAGCAUAUGGUUCAUAAAGACUAUUAAGGAGUAAGUUGUAAAACAAAUCUCAAUUGAGACUAAUUUGUCAUUGUAUAAAGGUAUCCCUAUGCCAGACAUUUGUAAGUGAAAUUCCAUUCCAAUAUUAAAGUUACAGAAGUGUAAUAUUCUGGUGCAUUUCAUUAUAUAUAUAUAUAUAUAUAUAUCUAUAUAUAUAUAUAUACAUACACACACACAUAAAUACUGUGUUUUGUUUUUUUCUUCAUGUUUUAGCAUUAGACCAUGAAAAGGGUUCAUUUAUAAGGUGUUUAAAAGCCGCUUUAAAACUUGACAUGCAUGACAUCCAUGAAGCUGAGCCCGCUGAGUUUUGAGGUGAGCCAAAUAAACUACAGAAAGAAUAAAGGGUUUUGGCAAUAUAUAAUAGGUCAUGGCACGGUUUCCAUGGCAUUCGUGCUCCUUUCUAAGCUAUACAUUUAUUGAAUAUGUUUAUAUUUCACAAGGUUUUUUUCCUUCGAGAACAUAGUAUAUUUCAUGGUAACGCAUACAAGGUGUCACACCUCUGAGCCUUAAGUUAAAAAGACUUCUGUAGUGAAACUCACACUUUGUUUCCAUGGUUACAAUGUAUAUUUUGGCAGAUGUUGGUUUUCUAACAAGUGGCUCAAGUACAUAAUUCCAUAGCAAUAGGACCUAACCCAUCUAUAUUUAUGUUUUAAGGUGUAAUAUUGCAAAUCCAUGUUUUUAAGUGUACCCAAGAAAAAUUAAGGAAUAGGUAUUAGCCAAAAGGCCUGCAAACUAGAGAAAUACAUAUAAAUGGAUAUAUUGUGGUUGUGUGGCCUUAAAGUGUUGGAAUGGUAAACUAGCUGUCAUGACAAACACAUAUAUAGGCUGGUGGUAUUAAGUCAUUUAAACAAAGAAACUAACAUUUUACAUUUUUAGAUCUAUAAUCGAGGACACAUGUUGAGAUGGAUAAAAAUUCCCACUGGUUGGCAUAUUGGCAAAAAGUAACAAACAUUUUAGAAAAAAGUUUAGUGAUGGACAUGGGGUGGCAGGCAACUUUUGGCCAGUGAAGAAAGUACAAAUUAAUGUCUUUUUUGCAUGAAAAGUAACAGAUCUCAGUGUGGAUUGUUCUAUUUACAUGGAGUUUGCAAUAUAGAUAUAGAUUUAUAGAUUAAUUUUUAAUUUUGUUAAGUAUUUUAAUAAUAAAUUAAUUUGGAUUCGAUUUCUGCAUCCUGGAGUGAUUUUAGAGGAUAUUACCAGCGCGGAUCCACAAAGUGUGAUACAGGACGUCCAGAAUAGAGAUUUCUCAUCUCCAUACAAGCCCUAAGUCUGAGUCAGCUUUUAAAGUGACUCAGUAAUAUGUGAGUUUAACCAGUCUCAUAAAACAUUUGCACAUAUUUUAAACAGUAUUAUACUAUGUUUCUGUGUUUUAUGUUUUUUUAGAUAUUUCAACAACCAAAGUUCUGGUAAAAUAUUGUAUUUGCAUGAUCUGAGUGCUCUCACCACCAUUUUAUAUUUUGCACUUUAUAGAUUUGACAUAUAGCUGCUGGAAUUGCAAAGUGUGCCACCAUAUAAUCCUGUAUUCUUUGUCAGUAUUACCUGCAAAUGUAUGGGUGAGUAUUCACAGAGAUUUGUGUGUGCCUAAGAGGCACAGAUUCUGUUUCUCACACCUCCAGGAACAUUACAAAAGCUCACUUUAGUCUGGCAGCAUGGUCAGUGUCAGAAACUGCAGUCCAGCAGGAAAUAUUCACCAUGGCCAGCCAAUGCCUAGAGAACACUAAAAUAUUAGUUUUUGGAUAUUUCCCGCUGGACUGCAGUGUCUGACACUCAGUGCUGGACUAGCAAAGACCGUGCACAAUUCCUGUCUGUUGUCUAACUGCUACAGAACUGAGCAGACAUCCCAAAACCUCCCACUAUGUUUAUUUUCAGAAGAAUGGUUUGGACCUGCAGCUCAUGACCCCUUUGGCAGCCCUGCAAGCUAGUUGCCCAAAAGCAUCUGCCUCUUUGCCAGUGAUGGAAUUUCCAACAAAUUGAAUAUUUUGGAUAUGUAAAAUAUAUACUCCUCUUUCCAAAAGUGUCUUUUUCUGCACUUUUAUAAUUGCAUAAACAAAAGUAUCUCCUUUUGUGUCACAGAUGCACCACAAAGACAUUUAUUUUGUUUUUCAUUUUUGUAGGAUAUUUAAUUUCUUAAUAAGUAGAAGGGUUUUUUUGGAGGGGGAGGAUGUGGGAGGUGAUUAAGUUUAUUUUUUAAACCUAAUAACCUACUUUCAACCACACAAAUUGUGUGGUUACUGUUUCCAGGUCUAUUAAUAAACAUACACGACUAAAAAAAAAAAUACAAAAAUAACAAGUAAUUGGUAUAUAUAUCAUAACAUUAAGUACUACACGCUAAUGUGUCUAAUAUGUCUGUUUUGUGAACUGCUGUUGGUUAUGUAGCUUUCCUUAUUUAGAUAUUCUAAAGAAUUCUUGACUUAGCUUACGACACUAUUUUGAGUGUUUCCAGUGAAUAGAUAGGGUUAUUUUUGGCCUAAAAUGUAAAUUCACUUUUAAUUCACACUUUAUUUAAAGGGACGUUGUCUUUGGGUUAUGGUUCCACUUCAUGGAAAUAAACAUUUCCACCCUCCUAUCUUUUUUAACAUCACUGUAUUUCUAAUGUCAUAUUUACUUGCAGCCUUAAUAGAGAGGUAUGCAAUAUAUGUAGGACAUUGUUCUAGCUAAGACUUAUUAGCAGGGGCAUUGCUCACAAGGGCUGAAGCCCCUGCUAAUAAUGGUGUCAGAAUGCUACCUGUAGACUUAGGGUGUGACACCAGUUUUAGGUGUGUUUUUAGACAAUAUUGGUAGAUUUUUCCAUAUAGCAAUUAUUAGUUUUAAUUAAUUGCCAGAUGAGAAAAACAAUUGCAAUGCUGACUCAUUUUGCAUGUUUUUAAUACAUAGUUAACAAGUGUGAAAAAGAAAAUUAAAUGUAGAAAGAUACCUCUUUAUCCUGACCCCUAAAUCGUAGCUCAUGCAAUACAGUGGUUAUGGUGCCAGAAUUGCCUUGGUGUCUCCCCACCCCCUAAGCAAUAAACCUAUUUUUGAGCGAUUUCUAAUCUGAGGUCGGAAGAUUCUUAGCCAGAGCUUCUGCAAGCUUUCCAUAGCUAAGCUCUGCUGUACAGUUAAUUAGUGCUUAUGGAGCCUGGAGUGAUAGCUGAUUUUAAUGCUUUAUUCAGUGGUGUUAAUUUCAAAGAAGUUUCCCUUUAAUAUAAAAUACAUAUUAUAUUUUAUUGUCUACUCUACAUUUUGUCACUUUAGUCACCCCCUAUUGUCUCCCAUUGCACUGCUUAAAUGUCUUCUCUGGAUAUUUGACCUAGGCGCUGCUAUUUUAGAUUAUGUGUACCACAGGGCCUUCAUCUGCACACACUAGCUCAGACUGUGAAAUUCCCAUGCAUGCCCACUGUAGACUUGGGCAUUCCCUUUUGUACAAAUUUUGGACCAAACUUUGGCUUUUCGUCCAUUUGUAAGAAAGACGAAUGAAUGAAUGGAAAUGAUGACAAACGAAUGAAGACCAAACUGUAAUUGUGUUCGUUUAGUUUAUUACAAGGAGGGGGAUACUGGCUCGUGGCUUCCUUCUUGUAAUAUAUAAAAACAGAAGUGGAGCCCUCGCCAGUUGAAGAUGGAAUAUUUUUUUUAUGGCUUUUUAUUUUGUUUGCGAUCCGUGAUUUUUUUAAUAAUUCAACGUGACUUUGUGGAUUUAUAUUUGGCCUUUUUUGCGGAUAACAAAAGAAGAUGAAAGAAAUAAAAAAGACAUCUAAUGCACUGGCACUGGCUGCUCACUGUUUAGUAGAAAUGCCCCUACUCGUGGCACAGCAAUUAAGGACAGGAGGGAGAAUUUAACCUCCCUUAUUUACUAAUACUAAGUAUUUUUUACUUAAUAAAGUUGGUUAAAUGACCAAUUUUAAUAUUUCUGCCUUUUAGUAGAUAGUUCCCUAACACAUGUGGGAUUGCAGUUAUAUUGGGUGGGGGCUGGGGGGGACCAUUUAGGGCCCCACCUGCUGCUAAUGGGUAGGGAUGGGAGGGACCAUAGGCAAUCCCACAGGUUAUCCAUUUAGGAUAGACUAGAUGGUUGCAAGAUGCAGCCGCAGCCCUAGUCGGAAUUUAAUUCUUCUAAAUGAAAUUCCGUACAAGAAAAUGACCAAAUUUAGUCGGAAAAUGAAUGGAGCAACUGUCGACAUUCAGUUCAGAUGAAAUUCAGUCAUUACGCUGGCACCCUAGCCUACAAGACAGAACGUUUGAGAAUUGCAAAAGGAGGAAACGAGAGAAUACAGAGAAGGGGUGAGUACUUAAAGGGACACUCCAGGCACCCAGACCACAUCUGCCCAUUGGAGUGGUCUGGGUGCCAACUCCCACUACCCUUAACCCUGCAACUGUAAAUAUUGCAGUUUUCAUAACCCUGCAAGGUAAAUAUUGCAGUUUAACUCCUCCUCUAGUAGCUGUCUACGAGAGGGCACUUCCGGGUUUAUAGCACAGAUUUUCUGUGCUAUAGCGUCGCUGGACGUCCUCACGCUAUGAGAGGACCUCCAAUGUCGCUGAAAUCCCCAUAGGAAAGCAUUGAAAGCAUUUUCAAUACUUUCCUAUGGGGAGGUCUAAUGCACGUGCGCAGCAUUGCCGCUCAUGCGUAUUAGCUCUCCCACGUUGCUGGCCACGCAUGCGCAAUAGGUCUCCCGCGCCGGAUGAUGUCGGCGGGGGAGGAGCGUGGGCAGACCUUGAACCAGGAUACAAGUAAGUCACUGAAGGGGUUUUAACCCCUUCAGCAACCUGAGGUGUGGGGUAGGAGGGAGAGUGGACCUGCAGUGCCAGGAAAACGGUUUGUUUUCCUGGCACUGGAGAGUCCCUUUAAGCUCCUCCUUGUGUCAAAGGUCAAUAUAUAGGCAAAAUACAUAAGACAAAAUAGCCCAUACUUUGUCUUUCUUUUUUUCAUUUUCCAGCAAUGUCUAACUAAAAACGUAAGACAGAGUAGGAGAGAGGAAGAGCAUAGUCAGCAAUUGGGGAAAUGUAAGUUCGGUUUGACAGAGCCGCUUUUCUAGGAUUACAUUCAACCAGUUACAGGCCUGAAGUCAAUGUGUUUGGUGUACACUUUCAGAUGGCUUGUGGCCACACACUUAUUGAAAACCACUGCUUUAGCAUUGAAGUGGAUAUCCCCUGUGCUCUUAGAUCUAGGAGAAUCAGAGGUGGACAAAUACUAAGCAGACUAACACAUCCCUCUCAAUCAUGCAGUGCAAGCAGGGGCGUAUUAGCCGCGAGGCAAACAAGGCAUUUGCCUUGGGCGGCAUUUUUCAGGGGGCGGCAAAAAACGUCGCCCCCCAAAUGCCCAUGGCAAAUGCCUAGUUAGCCUUGCGGCUAACUGACAUCCCGAGCGGGCGGCGCUGGCAGGCGGGCGGCCGGCGAGGGAGCACUUCCUAUGAGCUGACUGCUCAGCUCCCUCGUGCGCCGCAGAGUGAGGCUGGGAGCCGGAAGAUGACGUCAUCUUCCGGCUCCCAGCCUCACUCUGCAGCCGGCGCGCGAGGGAGCUGAGCAGUCAGCUCAUAGGAAGAGCUCCCUCGCCAGCUGCCCGCCUUCCAGCACCGCCCGCCCGACCUGCAGCCACUGGACCACCAGGGAGAGAGACCCCCCCCCCCAGCACUCCCAAAGGUAAGGAGGUUGGGGGGGGGGAUUUAAAUUUAAAAAAAAAGUUAAUGUGUGUGUGUGUCUGACUGUGUUUGUGGGUGUGUGUGUGUGUGUUUGUGUCUGACUGUGUGUGUAUGUGUCUGUGUCUGACUGUGUAUGUGUCUGUGUGUCUGUGUAUGUGUCUGUGUGUCUGUGUGUGUGUGUGUGUGUGUGUGUCUGACUGUGUGUGUUUGUGUCUGUGUGUGUGUCUGUGUUUGUGAGUGUGUGUCUGACUGUGUAUGUGUGUGUGUUUGUGUCUGACUGUGUUUGUGUCUGUGUGUGUGUCUGACUGUGUGUGUGUCUCUGACUGUGUGUGUUUGUGUCUGACUGUGUGUGUGUGUGUGUGUUUGUGUCUGACUGUGUUUGUGUAUGUGUCUGACUGUGUGUGUAUGUGUUUGUGUUGUGUCUGACUGUGUGUGUGUGUCUGACUGUGUGUGUGUCUGACUGCGUGUGUGUCUGACUGUGUGUGUUUGUGUCUGACUGUGUGUGUCUGUGUGUCUGUGUCUGUGUGUGUGUGUGUUUGUGUCUGACUGUGUGUGUGUGUCUGACUGUGUGUGUGUGUUUGUGUCUGACUGUGUGUGUUUGUGUCUGACUGUGUGUGUGUGUAGGGUUGGGUGGGGCUGGCGCGGGGGGAGGGGGGGCGCCUGAGUUUUGUCCUGCCUAGGGCAGCACAAAACCAGGAUACACCACUGAGUGCAAGUUUACACACAAUAAAACGAAACAGGUAUAUUUACCCUUUUCACUAAAUAUUGUAGAUAUAAAAGGUUCCUUUAAAAUCCUCAAUAUAAAAUGCAAAAAGUAUAUUUACAAAACUAUAAAACAAAGGACCAAAUAGUGCAAUACGUCCAAAACACUUUUGAUAAAAGUAAAUUCAAGGUUAAACUCACAUACAGGUGAUACUCAAAAAAUUAGAAUAUCGUGCAAAAGUUCAUUUAUUUCAGUAAUGCAACAUAAAAGGGGAAACUAAUAUAUGAGAUAGAGGCAUUACAAGCAAAGAAAGAUAGUUCAAGCCGUGAUUUGUCAUAAGUGCAAUAAUUAUGGCUUACAGCUCAUGAAAACCCCAAAUCCACAAUCUCAGUAAAUUAGAAUAUUACAUGCAAUCAAUAAAACAAGGAGUGUAAUUAGAACAAUAUUGGGCCUCUGAAAAGUAUAAGCAUGCAUAUGGACUCAGUACUUGGUUUGGGCCCCUUUUGAGCAAUUACUGCCUCAAUGCGUCGUGGCAUGGAAGCGAUCAGCCUGUGGCACUGCUGAGGUGUUAUAGAAAACCAGGAUGCUUCAAUAGCGACCUUCAGCUCUUCUGCAUUGUUUCGGUCUCAUGUCUCUCAUCUUUCUCUUGGCAAUGCCCCAUAGAUUCUCUAUGGGGUUCAGGUCAGGCAAGUUUGCUGGCCAAUCAAGCACAGGAAUCCCAUGGUCAUUGAACCAGGCUUUGGUGCUUUUGGAAUUGUGGGCAGGUGAAAAGUCCUGCUGGAAAAUGAAGUCAGCAUCCCCAUAAAUCUCGUCUGCUGAAGAUAAAAUGAAGUGCUCCAAUAUCUCCUGGUAGAUGGCUGCGUUGACCCUGGACUUAAUGAAGCACAGUGGACCAACACCAGCAGAUGACAUGGCUCCCCAAAUCAACAAAGACUGUGGAAACUUCAAACUGGACUUCAAGCAUAUUGCAGUGUGUGCCUCUCCAUUCUUCCUCCAGACUCUGGGUCCUUGGUUUCCAAAUGAGUUGCAAAAGUUGCUCUCAUCAGAUAUAAGGACUGUUUUUCUUUAGCCCAG